CGCUGAUCGCACUAAGAUCUACCUGAAAGUUAGCAUUGUAGUAUGAUGACUGGUAAUACUAUGGUUACUGUUUCAUUCAUAAUUGCAAUUGCAGUGCAGGGGGUUGCUAGUCUGCAUCUGAGCCAGGUUGGCAGUCAUGAUAGUAGAGGUCAGAAAAACACACAGAAGUCUCUUUUCACGAGAAAUGAAAAUUUGAAUUCCCAAAGGACCAGUCAGUCACAUGGCACUUCCGGUUUUACAAAUUCGAACUCGAGAUCAUCACAUGGCACUUCUGGUUUUACAAAUUCGAACACGAGAUCACCACAUGGCACGUCUUCAGCCAUACGACAACGUGGAAAUGGUAAACCAAAGGGCAGCAGAGUCAACAUAAGAUUUAAUAACGAACCUGACAGAAUGGGAAGAGGAAAUAAUAAUUUAAAUAACAAUAACAACAAUAACAUAAACAAUAAUAUCAACAAUAAUAUCAAUAUGAAUGAUAACUUUCGUCAGCUACAAUCAAUGCCAAAUCCGCAAUUCAACGCACUUCCUUCCAGCCGACAAUCACCUCAGCAUCAAACAAUGCAAAAUCCACAGUUUAAUACACUUCCUUCUAGCAGACAAUCGCCUAUUACUUAUUCUGUAAGAGAACUUAUGCAUCAACAGUUACUUACCAGACAAAUUUUGAUAGGAUUGAUUAAAAAACAACUUUUUGAUACCAAUGGACGUUAUGUGCAAGAUCCUGCUGCAAGGGGAGCUAAUUUCGUCGAUCCAAGAGAAAUACUAAGACCGCAGCAAAAUUUUCCAAAUUUCGGAGGUAAUAAUAAGCAACAAUUACCCGGUACAUUGACAAUUCAAUCAACAGGUGCUAUAAGUGUUAGAGAGGUUCAAAGUCCAAACGGGGAAACAAAAAUUAUAAUUGAUGCAACAAGCAAAAAUAACAAAUCUACAAAACCACCACCGCCUCUAGAAGAAAUAGAAGCUCCGUGAUAGGAGGAAGUUAUACACAAAUAUAUUUCCGAGAUGUCGUAAAAGAUAUUCUCUCACUUAUUCUACAAGUAGAUUUCUUGUUCAGCAGAGGCGGUUGCAAGUUUCGCGAGCAGUACACAUUCUGAAAGUAGGCAUAACAUCUCGUCCUAUUUAUCGCGAAGAGAAGGAUUGCAGCUCAUUCCGUCGUCUGAGUCUGUUUACAGUGUUUUGUAUUUUUUGUUUACAAUACGCUAUAAGAGUUCAGUGUUGUUUUUUUGUUGUUGUUUGUUUUGGUUUUGUUAACAAUAGGCUCGACGCUUUCAGUAUUGUGUGUUGUUUUACACCAUGCUGUAAGAUUUUAGUUUGUAGUGUAGUUAAUUUUAGUAAACCGAAUUAAUUCAGCGUUUUGUGUAAUUGGUUAACACUACGUUGAAUGAUUUCAGUAUUUCAUCUUUCUUUGAUGUAUUUUUAUAUACUGAUAUAUGAUGUAUGUAUUAUAUUUGUU